AUGUCGGACUCUGCGGAUGCCAGAGCACUUACGCUCCGUAAUCUUCACGUUCCUGGCAACCCACUUGUCCUUGCAAACAUCUACGACCCUACCACAGCAGAGUUUGUUGCUUCACACUCUUCAUCCACAGCCCUUGCAACUACGAGUUAUUCCAUAGCGAAGGUGCAUGGCUUUGAAGACGAUUUCCUAGAUUUGGACACGAAUCUGAACGCCAUAAGGCGAAUUGCUCCAAUUGCACUAAACUACAACAAACCCUUAACUGUUGACAUGCAAGAUGGCAACAAGACAGGCGAGCUGAUGCCAUUUGAAAUAGCUGUUGAUCGAGUCCGUCGUGUGAUUGUUGCUGCUGCGGAAGCUGGCGUUCCCAAUUUCGUUCUGAAUGCCCGGACUGAUGCUAUUGUUAUUAACAACGAUGUGGACGAGGCAAUUCGACGGGGUAAGGCGUUCUUGGAAGCUGGUGCCACGACAGCCUUCGUCUGGGGAGGGGCAAAGCGUGGUGGUUUGACUAGGGAUGAGGUAGUCAGGAUUUCAGAUCAGCUGGACGGGCGCCUUGAUGUUAUCGCUUUGCAACGUGGGUUAAGUGUGCAGGAGUUGGCAGACAUUGGCGUAGCGAGAAUCAGUGUAGAGUCACGGCUGUGGAUCUCCGCGUAUGCCGCGUUUCUGGAGGCUGCGAAGGGCUUGCUUGGAGAAUAUGAGGCAAUGAAGGCGUCGAGGAAGUAG